AUGGAAAAUUUCACAAACAGUCCAGAACACAGUACAACUAGUGAUGUAGGGUUGAAUCAAAAUAACACUAAUAAUGAGAUUCCGAUGAAGAUUGUAAGGUUACCAUUUCUUGCAGCACUCAUAUUGAUCAUGAUUUCCGUGGGCUGCACUAUUGAGCUGAAGAAGCUAUGGGCUCACUUAAAAAGACCCUGGACACUAGCUGUGGGCACAGUUUGUCAAUUUGGGUUUAUGCCUCUCAUUGCAUUUAUCCUUGCAAUUUUUUUUAAGUUAAAAACUCUUUCAGCAAUUGCUGUGAUUAUGAUGGGCUCGUGUCCUGGAGGAGUUAUUUCAAAUGUAAUGAGCUACUGGACUGAUGGGGAUAUGGAUCUCAGUGUUGCCAUGACUGUCUGCUCCACAAUCCUGGCCAUUGGUUUCUUGCCAUUGAGUCUUUAUAUUUACUCAUCUGCCUGGGCAUUAGAAUUCAACAAUUCCAGCACUGUGCUACAAACACCUUAUAAACAGAUAGGUAGUUCAUUAGUCACUCUGAUCAUUCCAAUAUCAAUUGGAACUUUUAUAGCAAGGAAGUGGCCAAGGCAAUCAAAACUCCUUCUGAAGAUUGGAACUGGACUGGGGACAUUUAUACUGAUUGUCUCAACAGUAACAACUACACUGCUGUACAACAACAAGUGGACUGUAGAAUCAACAUUGAUAAUUAUUGGAAUAAUCAACCCACUGCUUGGGUACACAGCUGGUUUCAUUUUGGCUAUGGCUGUACGACAAUCAUGGACGAGCUGUCGAACAAUAGCAUUAGAAACAGGAGCACAAAAUGGGCAUCUGUGUACAACAAUCCUAAUGAUAUCCUUCACAAUGGAAGAAUUCUGCUCUAUGUUUGCAUACCCUUUCAUUUAUAUUUGCUUUCAAAUCUUUCAUGGAUUAAUGUUUGUAAUAGCCUACCAGAUGUACAAAAGAUUUAAAAAAGGCCCCACUGAACCAAUGGAUUCAACACAGUCGAUGAUAAGAGGCAAGGAGAUUAACGACAUCCAAAGCAGGGAGGACAAUGCUCCAACUGAGUGCACCAUUUUUGAAAUGACUGAGUCAAUUUAA